AUGUUCCGCUCACUGGCACCCCGCGCCAUGCAGAGGGCGACGCGGCCCGUCUCCCAAAAGACAUUUUGCGCAUCCAACAUCUACUUCCAGAACCGGUUACGACGAGGCUAUGCGUCGGAGGCUGAGGACAAGGACCUCGUCAUCAUCGGUGGUGGUGUCGCAGGCUAUGUCGCAGCCAUCAAGGCAGGACAGGCGGGCAUGAAGGUCACCUGUAUCGAGAAGCGUGGCUCCCUCGGUGGAACCUGCUUGAACGUCGGCUGCAUUCCCUCAAAAUCGCUCCUGAACAACUCGCAUCUCUACCACCAGAUUCUCCACGACACAAAGGGUCGCGGUAUCGAAGUCGGCGAUGUCAAGCUCAACCUCCCCGCCAUGAUGAAGGCGAAGGACACCUCCGUCUCCGGCCUCACCAAGGGAAUUGAGUUCCUUUUCAAGAAGAACAACGUCGAAUACAUCAAGGGCACUGGCGCAUUCCAGGACGAGCACACCGUCGCUGUCAACCUGACCGAGGGUGGCGAGACCACCGUCCGCGGCAAGAACAUCCUCAUCGCCACUGGUUCCGAGGCUACACCCUUCCCUGGCUUGACCAUCGACGAGCAGAAGGUCAUCACAAGCACUGGCGCUAUUGCGCUCCAGGAAGUGCCAAAGAAGAUGACCGUCAUUGGCGGUGGUAUCAUCGGACUUGAAAUGGCCUCCGUAUGGUCGCGUCUCGGCUCUGAGGUUACCGUUGUCGAGUUCUUGGGUCAAAUCGGUGGCCCUGGCAUGGACAACGAGAUCGCCAAGCAGACACAGAAGAUCCUCACAAAGCAGGGUCUGAAGUUCAAGCUCAACACCAAGGUUACCGCCGGUGAGGUUCACGACGCCGGCGUUAACGUCAGCGUUGAGGCCGCCAAGGGUGGAAAGGAGGAGACCAUCGACUGCGACGUCGUCCUUGUUGCCAUCGGUCGCCGCCCAUACACCUCCGGUCUUGGUCUGGACAACAUCAACCUCGAGACCGACGACAGGGGCCGCUUGAUCAUCGACCAGGAGUACCGCACCAAGAUUCCCCACAUCCGCGCUAUCGGAGACUGCACAUUCGGACCUAUGCUUGCCCACAAGGCUGAGGAGGAGGCUGUCGCCGCCAUUGAAUACAUCCACAAGGGUCACGGCCACGUCAACUACGGUGCCAUUCCCUCCGUCAUGUACACCCACCCCGAAGUCGCUUGGGUGGGCCAGAACGAGCAGGAGCUCAAGGAGGCCGGUAUCAAGUACAAGAACGGAACCUUCCCCUUCUCCGCCAACUCAAGAGCCAAGACCAACCUCGACUCUGAGGGUAUGGUCAAGUUCCUGGCAGAUGCCCAGACUGACCGGAUAUUGGGUAUCCACAUCAUUGGUGCCAAUGCCGGUGAGAUGAUUGCAGAGGGCACUCUUGCUCUCGAAUACGGUGCCAGCUCAGAGGAUGUUGCCCGCACAUGUCACGCUCACCCCACUCUCGCUGAGGCGUUCAAGGAGGCUGCCAUGGCCACCUACGACAAGGCUGUUCACUACUAG